AGUGCUCUGGCGGCUCGAGCCAGACUCAGUUGCUGUGCGCCGCGCGUGAGGUCCAGAUGAGUGCGCGUUAGUUGUUCGCUGGCCUUUCUGCCGCUUGAUUCGAACAGAUCGGGAGGUCUCGUCUCGACGGCUCAGGUUGGGGUUUGGGUUGUUACCGUUCGUCGUCGUCAGUGGUGUUGUCUCACUGGACCGCUCUGUGACCGACUGCCAGUCCCGCGCACCGGGUGCCAACCGUGCCAUCAUGAGUGACCAGCAGGGUCAUCCGACCAUGCAAAGUAUAGCAGACUACCUGGCGCAACUGCUCAAGGACAGAAAACAGCUCGCCGCCUUCCCGAACGUCUUCAUUCACGUGGAGCGGCUCAUAGAUGAAGAAAUUGCCAGGGUUCGGGCGAAUUUAUUCCAAAUAAACGGAAUGAAGAAAGAGCCGCUCGUCCUGCCCGAAGCGCAGGGUCCUCCGACAACGUUAACAGAGAAAGUCUACGUCCCUGUAAAAGACCACCCAGACUUCAACUUCGUCGGAAGGAUUCUCGGGCCCAGGGGAAUGACGGCGAAACAGUUAGAACAAGAAACCGGUUGCAAAAUUAUGGUCCGCGGGAAAGGAUCGAUGAGAGACAAGAAAAAGGAAGAGCAAAACCGAGGUAAACCUAACUGGGAGCAUUUGAAUGAUGAACUCCAUGUUCUUCUCACAGUAGAAGACACAGAAAAUCGCGCUCGUGUCAAAAUGGACCGAGCUGUCGAGGAGGUCAAAAAACUGCUCAUACCGGCCGACGGCGAGGAUGAGCUGAAAAAGAGGCAGCUGAUGGAGCUGGCCAUUAUCAAUGGAACUUAUCGCGAUUCAAGCGCAAAAGCUGUAGUGCAAGCAGGUGAGCCCGCGUCCGCUCAUGUGGCAACCGUCUGUGACGAGGAGUGGCGGCGAGUCGCCCUGGCGGCGUCAGAAACACAGCGAAUGCUGUCGCCUGGCAUGCAAACCUUGACAGGUCCGAUGAGAAAUCACGCCACGCCCCUGGGGGCCCCGCUCAUCUUAUCGCCGAGGAUGCAGGUGCCGACUUCGGCAGCAUCCCUCCUGAACGGCUCUGGACCGGCCCCCGGCCUCAUCCCCGGCCACGAGCACCACGGGCUCAUUUACGCCUCGCCGUACGACUUCAGCAACUACCUGGCGGCAGCCGCCUCCGCCUCGCCCCUCAUGACGGACUACAGCGAACAUACGGGAGCUCUAGCGGGCGUAAAGCAGCGCAGACACUUGGGACAGAUGAGAGAACAUCCCUACCAAAGGGCGGGGCCUCCUCUUGUGAAUUAGACCCAAGUGUGCCAAGAACAAAACCUGGCCUGUAGGCUUCGAGUGCUAACACAGGAAUGGUGUCGAGCGAUCGCAAGCAACCGUCCAUCCAAACAUCCUCCCAGUGUAAAGUAACAAGCAACUGCACGCAUCAAGAUGGUUGGUUGGUUGGUCCACACUUAAUACUAACCAGCGUCACUUCUUGGGGACUUGCACCACCUGCAUGGGUAGGUGACUUGUGUUCUCUGCUACCUUCUUAACAUCACUUCUACUAAAAAGGAGUACCAUAAGUGGCACUAUAAUUGCGAGUGAGUGUGAGUUUAUUGAUGAGCAAUAGGGAGCAACUCAAGCCAAGCAUAACAAUGUGCCAAUGAUAUAUGCUUAAUUAAGUACAAAAGUCUUAACGAAAAUUAAUUUAUUACAUCAGAAGACAGGUGUGGACUCCUCUACAAGCAUCAGUAUUGUAGUCUCAUGUCCUUACUAGUCUUCAAAGCAAUAUUUAUGUUUUAAGAUGAAGAGAUAUAUUAUGUCUAUUGUAAGACGCAUUUACAUUGAUAAACCUUCAGUAAGUUUACUGACAGCGCCUGAACCCAUCUCCUUUCUUUGCCUUUCACUUCACUCUCUUCCAAAGUGUUACAGAGAAAAAAUUUCUCUGGUAAAUUGUUGUUAUUAUUAACAUAAAUGAUAUUCAAACUCUUAGUCAGAGAUUUUCAUGUGAUAGAGCUGAAUGUGGUUUCUCUUUAUUUAAUCUCAUGAGGUGUACUUCACUUUAAGAAGUAUGAUAUUUGUGUGACUUUGUUUUUUAUUACUUUUGAAUCUCAUGUUAUGCAAAAUUAGCUUCCAAAUCUUUCUUUACUGAAUGCUUUACCUUGCAUAAAGUACUUAUUCUAUGCAGCCAUUAGUAAUUUAAAUCCUGUACUUCAUCAUACUCUUUCUAUUGGGUUCCUGGCUAUUAAAAGAGAGAAAAAUCUCAAUUUCUUGUUAUUUUUAGAGUAGUGCUAGUGCUCAAGGUCAGCAGUGUAUUAUUUAAUAAUCAAAUUAAACACUAGAUUUAAUACCUGUACAUAGUUUUAUGUCUAUAAAAUAUGUAGGAGAAGAGUCUAUAAUUAUCACAAUUAUCAGUAGAUUGAUAUACACACAUUGUUCUUAUUUUGUAUGUUUCGUGUAUUCUAAAAUAUUUUCUUUUUGUUGGGUGUUGAAGUUUUUGAGUCCAUGUUGCAUAUAUAAGAUUAUUUAUUACAUACUUCAGAAGACUGGUUCAUGAACCUAGAGAUAAGUGAACCCAAUUUUGAGAGGUAUCAAGAGUAGCUGCUAGCAGAACGAAAACUAUUCAUGUUGCCAUUUUUGUACUGGAAAGUUUUGUUUGUAUGUAUUUUUCAUUAAAUUUUACCCGUAUGUUGGGUAGAGGCAGCUCUAAUAUUAAAUAAGAAACUUAUAUAUUGUUCUUGUGGGCUAUUUCUGACAUUUUGUAUAAAAUGACAGCCUCUCUAAUUUUUAUUUCUUUUUGAAAUAAUCUGCAUAGUAAGAAAUAUUGCAUAAUAACUUUUUCCUUAUGUUAUUGGAAAUAAGUAGUCAAAUGGUGCUAAAGUCUUAUUCUUAGUUUUUAAUAGAGUACCUUUACAACACUUGUUUUGUCUCGAAAAUUUUCCCAAUGGACUGAUUCUUGAACUCAGUAGCACCAUAUGUGUCUGGUUUCCCAGUGAGCACAAUCAUGAAAUUUCCGAGAUCACAAAACCAUUAGUGUUUGUUCAGUCCCACCUUCUUCCAGCACCUGUAUUGUGACAUAGCAGCAUUCGACGAUGUCCUGGGACAACCGGUUAAAGGGAACAUUAAAAAUAAGGAAUACUGAAUAUAUUCUCUGUAAUAAAUGUCAGUUUCACAAAAUUUAUAAACAAAACCAAAGAUGGUAAAAGUAAUCCUGAUAUCAACGGGAAAAUUUUUAUGUAUUUGAGAAAGCAUCACAUAACAUUUAUAUUUAUUUUUCAAAAUUCUCUAUAAUGUGAUAUGUUGUUAUGUUUUUACAGUUAACAUGGGGGAGUGUUUCUUUGUCUUCACUUAACUUGAAGUCCUCUCCUUGCAGUACUAUUGUUUCAAAAUAGAAGGAAAAAACGAUAGUAGAAUUGAGUAUUUUUGUAGUCCAAACUUAAAUGACAUCCUACUGCGCCUGAGGAAACAAAGAGGAGGAGAACAGAUGGUUGUUAAAGAAUUCAACCAAUAUCUGCUAUGGCAUUGUUACUUAAACUGUAACGGUCCUUGAUAGAGUAGGGAAAGUCUAAUCUUGUACAUGUGUUUGUGACAAGUUUAAAUACAUCAUGGGAAAUCACAAAGUGCCUUGAUAGUGAAGCAAGCUUUGUAAAUUGUUUUGUAUUUAAGAAACACUGAAAAAACAAAAAACCCUGUAUCACAAUUUUAGACCAAUUUUUAGAAUCACUCAUUUGACGAAAAUUGUUAAAUUUUAUGGGUAUUAUAACCCUGUUGGACUAUUUUUUUCUUUUCUUUCUUAUUUUUGAUUUGUUACAAGAAAGUGUUUCCUGCGGUUGUUAGAUUUAUAUUGUUGAAGAUUUAUUACCGUAAGUAUCUGUUCAAAAACCUCUGAGAUUAUAGUUUGUUGUUUCUUUUGCUUUCAUGAAAAGCAAUGAUUAAAUGUUUUGACUGUGAUUGUUCCACUUAUUGUGAGCAAUUGUUUGUUUGCCUUAGGAUAAGUUAUACAAAAGGAGGUGGCAAAAGCAUUGCCCUAGCUACAUAUAUUUCCCCCGUCAAUGUUGAUAUUGUCCCUACCCUUCCUCUGCCCCCCCUCCCUUUUUUUUUUCUUUUUUGUAUGUGUUACAGUGAAAUACAACAGUUAAAUUA